AUGGGAACACUCUUUGACAAAUACUGCUCACCCGUGGUGCAGGUCUGCCUUCUGGGUUUGGUCUGUCUCUGUUGCCCCGGCAUGUUCAACGCUCUUAGCGGCCUUGGUGCUGGUGGCUUGAUGGCUUCUGAUAUUACCCUCACCAACACAGCCAACAGUGUUCUUUACGCGUGUUUUGCUCUCGUCGGUUUCUUUGCAGGCUCCGUCACCAACAAGCUUGGUGUACGCUGGACUCUCACGGUUGGAAGUUUUGGCUAUGCGAUAUAUUCUUCGUCUCUGUGGGUUUAUGACACAAAGCAAGUUUCUGGGUAUGUUAUUGCUGCAGGUGCCAUCCUUGGUUGUUGUGCAGGAUUAUUAUGGUCGGCUCAAGGUGCAAUCAUGAUGGCCUACCCUGAGGAAAAAAACAAAGGCAAAUUUGUUGCUAUCUUCUGGGGUCUCUUCAAUAUUGGUGGUAUUCUUGGAUCACUCAUCACUCUCGGCCUUAACUUGGAGAAUCAAGCCGGUCGUGUGCAAACUGGCACAUAUGUGGCAUUUGUUGUCAUUAUGGUUAUCGGCAUCGCUCUCACUCUCAUACUUGUCAGCCCAUCCCGUGUUGUUCGCUCAGAUAACACCAAGGUCGAGGUUCACAAGGCUAGUGAUUGGAAGACGGAAUUGAUGGGUGUACUUCAUGUGUGGAAGGAGUGGCGUAUGAUUGCCCUCAUUCCAGCAUUCUUUGCUUCUAACUACUUCUAUACCUACCAAUUUCACGUGAACGCUGUUUAUUUUGAUGCAGCUACACGCGCUCUCAACGGCACUAUGUAUUGGGGUUUUCAAAUUCUCGGUUCGCUUGGUGUCGGCCUACUCUUGGAUUAUCAAGGACUCGCUCGUCGUACCCGUGCACUCAUUGCUGGCGCUAUCUUGUUCGUAAUCAUGAUGGCCAUCUGGGGAGGUGGUAUGGCUUUUCAAAUGACAUUUGAAAAUGAUUAUGCGGACCCUAUCCAUUGGACUCAUGCAGGAUUUGGUGGCCCAUUUGUUCUCUAUAUCUUCUACGGCUUUACAGAUGCCGUGUAUCAGUCUUACAUGUAUUGGCUCAUGGGUGCCAUGUCAAAUGACCCUAAGAUCCUCUCCAGAUAUGCCGGUUUCUACAAGGCCGUUCAGUCAGCAGGUGCUGCAGUCGCAUUCGGCGUUGAUGCCACCAAUGUACGUCUCCGCUGGUCCUGCCUUAUUAGCUGGGUUAUUUUGAUCGUUUCAUUUCCCGGUAUAUUCCUCGUUGCAAGUCGCGUCACCCAAAGCAAUAUUACCGAAGAGGACUUGGUCGAUGAAGCUGUAGGAUCACAUAGCAAUCCUUCUGCACUUGAAAAGAACAACCAUGACGAGAAACUUGAUCAAGUUUCGUAA